AUGUCUGACCACAUCCAGUUCAAUACCUUGAUAGAGGAAACAGACAUGUUGAACCAAGACUUGCAAGAGUGGAGGUCCAUGGAUGCAACCGUAGAAAAGCCCGCUCCCUUGGUAAUCGAUGUCUACCUGGACACUGCCCAGCUCGCCCCAAACCAGACGCUGGUCGCCAUAGAUGAAGAAGGAAAGCCGUGGGAUGUGAGCGAGACUCUGAGAAGACUCGAAGCACACGCCCCGACGCCUCAAAACCACACCCUCUCCACUUUUGUAUAUGAGAGAUGGACAAUCAGCUUGGACGACGCUUCGUCAGUGUCUCCAGCUACCCUCAAUGAGCCCGCUCCUAGCUUCUACAAAAAGGGCGUCAUCACAUGCAGAGCACUUUGCACCUAUGCCCGCCUGCUUCCAGCAUGGAAGCUGAGGACGCGUCUCGGAAAGCAAGCUGCUACGGGCCCUCCCACGUUACGACCCAGGUAUCGUGUCUCUGACGGCUCGCUCGCUGAGAAAUCACGAGUAGACACUCUGAGCUGUUCCAUCUUUCCCUCGGACAGACGCCCAACCGAGACGUACCGCUUUUCGCCUCUACAUUGCCCUUUGGGCUCUCUGAACAUCUCCGUCACGUACCGCAAGAACCUUGACUUGCAGGUCGAGCUCUCUGAACGUCUGAUCAGCGCUAGAAUGGCUGGUCACGAACGGCCUGACAGUCGUCUGUCGGGCGAGUCGAGCAGAGAAAGAACUUCUAUGGACCAGGAUCGCCCUUCCUUGCGACCUAAAUUUUCUUCAUCAUUUCAACGCACUGCCCAGAGAAGCACAACCCUCGGAUCAUCUCCUCGAACCAGCUCCUUCCGUGAGCCUGCUGAUCGACCUGUCUCGGCACAGGCAAUCGACGAACGUGAAACGUCGCAGCCGUCGCCAUCGUCACAACAAGACGAACCACUUCGUCGCUACUCUUCACAAAGCCAGAGAGACCGAGAAGCGUCGCGCUUUGCUCCUUCAUCUCUGAGAGAGCCAAACGCACCACAGCGUAGACCGUCUGUGUCGUUUCAACCUUUCAAGGCCGGCUCUUUGUCGUCAUCACCUGCAGCUGGUAACUUUCUGUCCAGCUCGCCAAGCAGUUCGGUCGGUCGAAGUGCAGGCAAUCCACUGCUCGCACACGCGAGGAAGUCAUCGUUAUCGACACUGCCUCAAAUGGCCUUGCGAAACCCUGGUGCUGUCGCCGAGACGGCUGUAGGCUCUUCCGCAUCGAGCUCGCCCAAGCCUGCUCCCAUCCAGAGAUACUCGUCGAGCUUCAGUAACAGAAGAGCACGGUUCCCCUCGGUUUCCAGCAGUAGGGUCGAAGAAGACAACAACAGCAGCGGCAGAGCUAGUGUCUCGUCCACUAAUCGUGAGUCGAGCACGCUUCAGGAGGGCGAAGGAGGUGCCAGUUCAGGCUCAGUGCAAGCCGAUGAAGACAACAUCGCCGACUUCCUCAAACUGCUCGACAAAAACAAAGGCCUGUCAAGUCUUAACAAAACCGAUAAAGCUUCGCUGAGCGCCAAUUCGCAACGCACUGCUGCGCAAUUCUCCAAAUUCUCGCGUAUGCGAGACUCGACAGCUCAGCUAUCUGAUUCGAUGCAAUCGUCAACAAUGCUGCAAAGAUCUUCCAGUUCAUCAAGUCGACAGCUGCAAAACGUACCAGGCAUGAUUCCAGGCUCGAUCUCGACUUCAUCUUCGCCGGGCAAACCAAUCUCACCACAUACACCACACAUACCAGCCAUCCCAUCACGACUGAGCAACAACAGCAUCACUGCAGACUACACACGCGAUCGUAGUCGCAGUCGUCUCUCCGGCACACACAUCCAACCUUCGAGUGAUGGGGCAAGGGAUGUGUCUGCUCAUCCACCAACUCGUGGCUCUGGUACACCUCUGUCCACAGCCAUUGAUAUCCCGACUUCCCCUCGUACAUUUGUCUCGAACCGCCGCUCAUCAUCUACAACCCAACAAGCACGCGCAAGAGGUAUUACCAACGUCGAAGACCAGGACGCUUAUGGCAUGCGCUCAGCAAGCAUGCCUGUCGCUGAGGGUAGCAGAGGCGAGCUCAGUCUAUCCGAGUUACUGUCGCAGGGAGAGGGUGGAAGUGGUGGCUCGGGUGGAGUCAGCAGCAGACGCAAGAACCGUGAAGUUUCUGCUCCUGUGGAUGAUGAUGAGCCCCUGCUGUUUGCUUUGGCUGAUUGA